AUGCCGUCUGAAACCCCCUUUCAAAUCAACAUCCCAGACGAGAAACUCAGGAUCCUUCGUGCUAAACUUGAGCUUGCCACUUUCCCUAAUGAACUCCAGGGUAUCGAAUGGAACCACGGCCCACCUUUGGCAGAUAUGAAGCGGCUCGUGGAGAGGUGGAAAAAUGGGUACGAUUGGCGCAAAUAUGAAAAGGAAUUAAACCAAGAGCUGCCGAUGUUCACCCGCGACAUCGACGUGGAUGGUUUCGGCGCGCUGAACAUUCACUAUGUUCACAAGAAGAGCGAAACUGUUGACGCCAUUCCCUUGUUAUUUUGUCAUGGAUGGCCUGGAAGUUUCAUAGAAAUCAGGGGAAUUUUGUCCCUCUUGACUGCGUCGUCCCCUAAACAUCCUAGCUUCCAUGUUGUGGCGCUUAGCUUGCCUGGUUUUGGCUUUUCGGAGGGCGCUCACAAACCAGGCUUUGGUCUUGAUCAAUAUGCCGAGGUAACUCACAAACUCAUGAUUUCCCUCGGGUACAACGAGUAUGUGACCCAGGGAGGCGACUGGGGUUUCGUCGCAAGUGACGUUUCACAAGUCACUCGAAGAAUGGCUGCUAAGUAUGGUGGAAAGCAUGUCAAGGCAUGGCACACCAACUUUCCGAUGGCCGACCCACCGACCUGGAAAUCGCCUCUGUCUUUCUUGUCGUACCUGCUAACCCCAUAUUCCGCAGAGGAAAAGGCAGGGUUUGAACGCACCGCGUGGUAUCGCAACAAAGGAUCCGGCUACUUUGUUGAGCAGAGAUCCUUCCCGCAGACACUCGCUUACAGUCUUACCGAUAGCCCUGUUGCUCUGCUUGCUUGGAUUUAUGAAAAACUGGUUACCUGGACUGACGACUAUAGAUGGACCGAUGACCAAGUUCUGACAUGGAUCUCUAUAUACUGGUUCUCCCGUGCUGGUCCCGGUGCUGCCCAUCGCAUUUACUCCGAGGUGUAUAGCGAUUUCUACGAUAUCGGUCGUACCAGUUACCCUACCAUUCCUUUGGGAGCGUCGUAUUACCCCAAAGAGCUCCUGGUCUUCCCAUCAGCGUGGUUCCGCAGGGUGAACAACGUUGUAAUCGAGUCUCAUCAUAAGACAGGAGGCCAUUUUGCUGCCUCUGAACGGCCAGAAGAGCUUGUUGAAGAUGUGCGGAAGAUGUUUGCGAAGGGGGGUCCCGCAUUCGCAAUUGUCCCCGGAAAAAGUGGAUAUGCUUGA